AUGAUAAGUGGCAUUCAAAAAAUUAUCUCCAGACCUUCAAUGAACCAAUAAAGGUUCUUGAUGAAAGAAAUCAAAUCAGCAAAAAAUCUCGAUCAAAUAUUUAAUGACAAGCAGUACCUAGAAAGAUGUGAAUUCAUAAUGAGUUAAUACGAUCAUAAAAAUGGCAAACUCAAAGUUAUUGAUUACAGCAUAUGUGAGUAACAGUCAUGGAAGAGUGUUUUCUAAUCCUAUCGAUAGAUUAUUCAGAAUCAUGCCUGUGAGGAAAUUCAAAAUGCUUUCUACACCUUGAAUUAGAAAUUGAGCUUUUAGGAAGAUCAAAUUCCAUAGUUAGCUAAAAUUUCUGAAAUUUUUAAUGAACUAAACGGCUGGAAAAUAAGGCCAGUCCCAGGUUUGAUUUCUGAUUAGGACUAUCUAGAGGCACUCUCUAACAAAGUUUAUUGUUCAACAUAAAUCAUUCGCAGACCUUAAGAUGUAGAAUUUUCUCCUUAUCCAGACUACAUUCAUGACUUACUAGGUCAUAUAAUUCCCAUUGCAAAUAGAGAUAUCUCUAAUAAGCUUAAUAAAAUAGGUUGUCUGUCUGUUAAUGUUGAUAAUGAAUAGCUUGAGUAAAUUGCCUUCAUAUAUUGGAAAGUUUUUGAAAUGGGAUUUAUGAAAGACAAAAAAGGUUAAUAUAAGGCCUUAGGUGGAGCUGUUUUAUCUUCUCAUAGAGAGCUAAUGAAUAUCUACAAUCAAGAAGUUAGUAUAAAGCAUAUUAGAGAUUUCUAGAUGGUAAAGAAAAAUGUUUAGGAUGAGUCUCUUUAAAAAGAAUACUACUACAUAGAUAGUCUUGAUGACAUUGAUGAAGUGCUUGAGAAUUUAUAACAAAGUUGGAGUAGUAAUAAAAACAAUUCAGCUAUUGCUGAUUUUCAUUUCUAAUUUGACCAUAGUGAUUAAAAUAAGAUGUAGAAAUUGACAUUGUGA